CUGCCGCUGCAAAAAGCACGCUGCGAUCGAGCUGGAACAAGCUGCCGCUGCAAAAAAGCCACGCUGCGAUCGAGCUGGAACAAGCUGCCGCUGCAAAAAAGCCACGCUGCGAUCGAGCUGGAACAAGCCGCUGCCGCUGCAAAAAAAUCACGCUGCGAUCGCGCUAGAAGACGCUGCCGCUGCAAAAAAGCCACGCUGCGAUCGAGCUGGAACAAGCUGCCGCUGCAAAAAAGCCACGCUGCGAUCGAGCUGGAACAAGCUGCCGCUGCAAAAGCCACGCUGCGAUCGAGCUGGAACAAGCUGCCGCUGCAAAAAAGCCACGCUGCGAUCGAGCUGGAACAAGCUGCCGCUGCAAAAAAAGCACGCUGCGAUCGCGCUAGAAGACGCUGCCGCUGCAAAAAAGCCACGCUGCGAUCGAGCUGGAACAAGCUGCCGCUGCAAAAAAGCCACGCUGCGAUCGAGCUGGAACAAGCUGCCGCUGCAAAAAAGCCACGCUGCGAUCGAGCUGGAACAAGCCGCUGCCGCUGCAAAAAUCACGCUGCGAUAGCGUUGGAACAAGCCGCUGCCGCUGCAAAAAAAUCACGCUGCGAUAGCGUUGGAACAAGCCGCUGCCGCUGCAAAAAAAUCACGCUGCGAUCGAGCUGGAACAAGCUGCCGCUGCAAAAAAGCCACGCUGCGAUCGAGCUGGAACAAGCUGCCGCUGCAAAAAAGCCACGCUGCGAUCGAGCUGGAACAAGCUGCCGCUGCAAAAAAGCCACGCUGCGAUCGAGCUGGAACAAGCCGCUGCCGCUGCAAAAAAAUCACGCUGCGAUAGCGUUGGAACAAGCCGCUGCCGCUGCAAAAAAAUCACGCUGCGAUCGCGCUAGAACAAGCUGCCGCUGCAAAAAAAUCACGCUGCGAUCGAGCUGGAACAAGCUGCCGCUGCAAAAAAAUCACGCUGCGAUAGCGUUGGAACAAGCCGCUGCCGCUGCAAAAAUCACGCUGCGAUAG